CCUUUGUUUGUGAAAUCCGCAUAAAUUUCCAUUGCUUGUCAACAAAUGCCAAUCGUAUCCAACAAUUUGUGAAAAUAUUACAUUAAUCAUGGAUUCUUAUAUAAUGCAGUUAAGACGAGUUUGGUUGAACCAGGAUGGAUUAGCAUUAGCGGAUUUGUUGUCUCUGCGUCACAAUCAUGCGAAUAUCUCUCAACUGUGCACUGAAAUUGCAAUGACGAAAGCAAUGGAGCAUUUAUCAGCUCCAUUCGAUGAUCUCGUUCUCCUUCAUCUAAAGACUCUAGCUUCUGCAAAUGGAGAAGAUGCUCGUGCAACACAUCGGAAUCAAAGUGCACUAGUCCAGAGUGUAAUGAAGAUUCUCCAACUGCAAAAGGAAGAGAAUUGGAUGCUCCCUGUAAUGAACGUAGUUUGUCUAGAGUUACGAUUAUUGGCAGUUCAAGCUGAAAAUUCGAAGAGUAAAAAUACGAAGCCAGGGGAGCUCCUCGAGCAAAGCGCCGAGUGCCUGAUGGGGUGCUUCAGGGUGUGUGCAGCCGAUAACAGAAGCUCAGAAGAAGAUACGAAACGAUGGGGUAUGCUGUCCCUCGUCAAUCAGCUCUUAAAGAUCUAUUUUAGGAUCAAUAAAUUGCACCUGUGCAAACCCCUCAUCAGGGCUAUUGACUCCUCGGUUUAUAAAGAUCACUUUCCCUUGGCUCAGAGGAUCACCUAUAAAUUCUUCGUCGGGAGGAAAGCUAUGUUCGAUAGUGAUUACAAAUCAGCUAAUGAGUACCUGACGUACGCCUUCGAGCAUUGCCACAAAGCCUCAUCAAAAAACAAACGUCUCAUCCUGACUUACUUAGUCCCUGUUAAAAUGCUUCUGGGAUACAUGCCGAAGCGGUCCCUCCUUGAGAAGUACAGUCUCAUGGAGUUCUGGGAGCUAGUGGAGGCACUCAAACGUGGAGACCUCCGAAAAUUGGAGACUGUGAUGACCAAGCAUGAGAGCUUCUUUAUUGCAGCAGGAAUAUACCUCAUAGUGGAAAAAUUAAAACUACUGGCUUAUCGAAAUUUAUUCAAAAAAGUGUGGUUAGCGAUGAAUACCCAUCAAAUUCCAGUGCAAACGUUGUUGACAGCUCUUCAGAUGUAUGGAGUAGAGGACAUUGACAUGGACGAAACCGAAUGUCUAGUCGCCAAUUUAAUUUUUGAAUGUAAGAUCAAAGGUUACAUCUCCCAUCAGCACAAAAAAUUAGUCAUUUCCAAGCAAAACCCUUUCCCCAAUUUGUCUUCGAUCAUUUAAAAUUGUUUUGGGUUUAGUUUUUUAAAAAUAUAAAUACAAAUACAAAUAGACCAAUAAAGCAGAUGUUUAUACUU